AUGGCGGCCCUCAUUGGAAAAGUUCGUCAAACGACAUGGCUAUUACCGCAUGUCCUGAAAGGGUCUCUUCAAUGUUUACCAAGGGUCAAUAAAAACAUGGGUAUGGACUUGUAUCAUAGAAACACAACAGUGACAUCUAGGACUAUUACACUCACAGUUAGAGACCAGUCAUCCUCAAAAGUCAAGACACCAGAUUCUAAAAAGAUUGCAGGAAAAUCCUACUCAAAAAAGAAGAAAAAGAAAAGUUCCUCAGCCAACAACAAAGAGACUCAAUCUACAGUAACUUCUAAAAAACAUACAAAUGAUAUGGAGUCAAAGAGCAUCACAGAUGACCUAAAAGCAACUAAAAAAUAUUCUACAGAGAGUCAGAAUUCUUCCCUGUCUAAUACAGAGCCACACACAUUGAAAGUUUGGGUUCUGGAUGGUCAGGGAAGGUGGGUCAGAAGAAGUGUCCAAUCAUCUUCUUUUGAUGAAGCUUCUACAAAUAUAGGAAAAGAUUUUCUGACAAACAGGAAACAGAUCUGGUCUAUUCCCGAUGUUUACAGAUCCAAAGAAGUUCAGACAUUUAUCUCUGAGGCUCGGUGCUCAGUUCUCAUUCAUUGUUAUCCAGAUACAUGCUACCAUUUAAUAGCAAUAUGUGAGAGACUGGGUACAGUGUCCAGGGCUGUCAUUGUUAAUCGUAAGACUGUUUUAGUAACAUAUGAAGAUGAAAAUGAUGUCACAAGAAUGACUACUGAAGUUAAUAAUGAUUCAGGGACUUUUAAUAUGAUGCAGCUAGAGAAAAGGGUAUUUAAGGUUACACAGAAGACCCUAAGGAAAGCCACUAAUCAGGAACCUAAAUGUCAAAAUGUGAAUGUACUAUCACAAACAAAUCUCUAUGACAAGAUAAAAAAUAAAAAGCUUGGAGACCAGAUGAGAGUGUUAGGAGACAGAGGAGGGACUAUAUCAGACAGACAGCGGGUCUGGUUCUUCAUCACUCAGUGUAUACAGGACAUUGUUGAUAUUACUCAUCCUGAUCAUCAAGUAUUGCCUUUUGGAUCAAUUGUCAAUGGAUUCGCCACAGAAAACAGUGAUUUAGAUAUUGUUGUCAUGAAAGAGGGAUAUAAUAAAAAAGAUGAUGGAAUCAAACUUCUGAUGAAAAUACAAACAGCAUUAAAAAGACUUCACUCAUAUAAGAAUAUUGCUCCUAUAUUAAAUGCUCGUAUUCCAAUUAUCAAAUUCCAACAUCCUGUAACAGGAGUUCAUGGAGAUAUAUCAUAUGGAAACAACACUGGAAUAACUGCAUCUAUAUAUCUGAAUGCCAUUAGUCGAUUUUCACCAAGUGUAGUGCCAUUCAUACUGACAGUGAAGCUAUGGGCGACACACUACAUGGGCUGGUUUCCUCAGAAGUUUGUCUUCACGGCCUUAGCUUUGUUUUAUUUACAGCAAUGCAAGGUCAUUCCUCCAAUAGGGGGUCUCCAGAUAGAACUAGAACCUUCAUUGGGUUCCAGAAAAUGGGAAUGUGAUGUAGAAGUGUCGCCAGAAGAUUUACUUUAUGGCUACUUUAAAUUUUAUGAACAGUUUGAUUUCCAUCACAAUGAAAUCUGUUUAGAAACUGGUACAAUCAUUCCAAAGAGAGGCUAUUUUGAUAACAAGAUUGUGAAUCCUUUUACGAAUGGUGAGAUUUCUAGCUAUGAAGACAUUAUAUGCAGAUUAAAUGAAGACAGUAUUAGUGGCAUUCAGAGCAGCGUGAAGGAGUCACUACGAAUAUUAACAAAUUUACCAGACUCUUUCAUAUUAGGCAACAGAAGGAAUCUAUGAUACAUUUUAAUGUAAAAAAUAGAAGAUAAAUUUAUAUGUGUGUUUGGUUUAAUAAACAUCUCAAACACUUAAAA